AUGUUAUCUAUCUAUCUAUCUAUCUAUAUCAGUCUGCACUUAUCUCUAUAUAUACUUAUCUCUGUAUCUACAAAUCUAUAUAAUUUUGUCAAAUCUAUCUAUCUAUCUAUCUAUCUAUCUAUCUCAGUCUGUUCAUAUCUAUCUAUCGCUCAACCUCAUUCUUUUCAUAUCUAUCUACACAUCUAUCUCAGAGUGUCCUUAUCUAUGUAUCCUUAUCUAUGUCUCUCUAUCGGUAUCAUUCUGUUCAUAUCUAUCUAUCUAUCUAUCUAUCUAUCUAUCUAUCUAUCUAUCUAUCUAUCUGAGGCUUGUUCAUAUCUAUCUAUCUAUCUAUCUAUCUAUCUAUCUAUCUAUCUAUCUAUCUUAGUUUGUUCAUAUCUAUCUAUUUAUCAGUCCUUUAAGAUCUGUCUCAGUUCACAAGAAUCUAUCUAUCUAUCUAUCUAUCUAUCUAUCUAUCUAUCUAUCUAUCUAUCUAUGUCAGUCUGUUCAUAUCUAUCUAUCUAUCUAUCUAUCUCAAUAGAUGUGAACAGAAAUAGAUAUGUUAUCUAUCUAUCUAUCUUAUUCAAUCUGCUCUUAUCUCUCUAUGUACACAUUUCUAUAUCUAUCUAUCUAUCUAUCUAUCUAUCUAUCUAUCUCAGUCGGUUCAUAUAUAUCUACACAUCUAUCUCUGUGUUCUUAUCUAUGUAUUUUGUUCAUAUCUAUCUAUCUAUCUAUCUAUCUAUCUAUCUAUCUAUCUAUCCUUUAAGAUCUGUCUCAGUUCAGAAGAACCAAUCAAUCUAUCUAUCUAUGUAUCUAUCUAUCUAUCUAUCUAUCUAUCUAUCUAUCCAGAUUUAA